UAUCGUUUUACCUUUGGAGUUGUUUGCAAAUGUAAAAAAGCAUUUUGCAAUGAAAACAACAUAUUUAGUUCUCAUUCAAUUUGUUAUUUACAUGUUCACUGAUAAGAUCUAAAAUCAAGACUAAAAUGCUGUUUAUCCAUGUAGUUUUGCAGUACAUAAUGUAUAGAUAAUUCGGACAUUAUCAAUUCGGAUAUCAUUGUUGUGCUUUAGGCAUGGACCUCUUUAAUUUAACAUCAAUAAUCUGUUUCUAAUUACUUAGACACAUACUUGGAUCAUUUAAUAUAGGAUCAUUUACAUUUAGCGUUUAAAAACCAAAUAUAUGUUAAAUAAAAUAUUAAGUACAAGUGUGUAUAGCCACAAUAAUGCGCGUUAAGGGAACUUUUUUAACAUUUGGACAUUCAUUUUGUUGCCCUUAACAUACAGUCCUCAAAAACAAUAAUUGUCAAAGACUCUGAAGUGGCUGUUUAUAUUUACUUUGGCGCAUCAGAACAUCCAUUGUGGCGUAACAGAUUAUUGAUGGUGAACAGCAUUCUGUUACCAAGGUGACCUACUCAAGAUGGGUCCAAAACGAAGACCAGGAAGACCACUUUCCCCAUUGAGCUGGAUGGAGAGGUUUGUCUACCUGAUUGUCACUGUGGCUUCAGUUAUAUUCAUCUGCUUCAGUGUCUAUAGAGACUCCCUCAAGUAUGAUGGGAUACUGAACCUGUAUGAUUUUGCCCCAGGGUGGGGCUGGCUUGGGCGGGAACAAGACAUCUCAAAUUUUGAAUGGCAUUUCUGGUUCUUGAAGUUUAUGGCCAUCUCUCCCUGGUACCUUGGACACAUCGCCCUUGGCAAGAUCAUGGAGCAACAUAGUCUUACAAGCAAGAAGUAUGUUUUCCUGGUCUAUGGGCUAGGUGCACUUCUAAAGCUGGUUGGCUGGCAGACUGUAGGCCUGUGUGUCGCCCACUCUACCAUCAUGUACAUUAUCAGCCAGAUUGGCCUAUCAGUACUUGUGUGGAUCACCUCCCUUGUGUUACUUUCAACACUCAACUUUGAAAUAUGCAUCACUUUUAUGAAGGGGCUGUUGGAGGAUGAUGAGGAGGAGACUUGGUACUACCUGCUAAUGUUUACACUGGCUCUCUCUAACAUCCGAGCGACAAGCUUCUGUCUUGAGGCUUGCUGGAACAGGAAGGUUGUGGGUGAGGAAGUUGCUGGCCAUGAGAAAGAGGAAACUAUAUGCCCAGCAGAAGAUCUUUACCAUGAAAUACCAAAACACUCUGAGCAUCAAGGUUGCACAACAGACCAACCCAAAUUCCAGUCUUCAAUAGGGGCCUCAGUCCCAAGGUCUUCAAGGGUGGCAGCAUCCAGCCUGUCUCAGCCUAUAGCAUAUAGCUAUACAGACAUGGUGUUCUAUGUCAUGUAUCUUCCACUGUUCUUCACAGGACCCAUUCUUACAUAUGAUCUCUUCAAAGCACAGAUAAACCAGUCACAAGCAAGUGAAUAUAAACCAAGAGUUGUGUACCUUUCCUUACACCUUCUCCGGUUCCUUUUCUGGGCUCUGUUCAACGAGAUGAUACUCCACUUCCUGUACUUUAACGCGAUCCAGAAUAGCCUCAGGGUGCUGAAGCAGGUGCCUCUGUUUACGUUGGCGGGUCUUGGGUUCUGUCAUGGGCAAUUCUUCAUGCUCAAGUAUCAUGUGAUGUUUGGCUACCCGGGAACCGUGGCCAAAUUUGAUGGGCUGCAGCCACCAGAUGGACCCAAGUGUAUCUCCUAUAUAUACCUGUACUCGGACAUGUGGAAGUAUUUUGACCGUGGGCUUUACAGUUUCUUAAAAAGGUACAUCUACAUACCAUGUGGCGGGUCAAAGGAAGGUUUCCAUCGACAAGUGAUUGGUUCCCUGCUUUGCUUCAUGUACAUUUUCUAUUGGCAUGGGGCCGAGUACUAUAUUCUGCUCUUCAUUCUUCUAAACUACGUGGGCAUCUCCUUGGAAAGGAUUGGUUCCCUGUUGUGUACAAUACCUACCUUCAAACAUUUAGAGACAUCUGUGCUGUCUGUUGCCAUGGUACAGCGUGUGCAUGCGUUCUUCUCUAUCCCGAUAUUUCUCAUGAGUUGCUUCUCUGUGUUCUGCUUCUUCGGCGGCAAGGAAGUAGGCUACCUGUUCUUCAGUCGUCUCAUAAUCAAUGGUUGGUGGGGUUCCUGGGCAGUGCUUGUGGUGCUAGUGUACUGUGCUAUACAGAAUGCCAUAGAGACUGCACGUUGGCUAGAACAAUGUGCGACCCAUGUUAAAGCCUCCUAGUAGCUGUGACCACGUCAUUGUAAAGAUGUUGUCUGGAACAACGAGAGACCCAUGUGAAAGCUUCCUAGCAGCUUUGUUACCGCAUCAUUGUGAACAUUUGCUUGGAACGAAGAGAGACCCAUGUGAAAGCUUCUUAGCAGCUUUGUUACCGCAUCAUUGUGAACAUGUUGUCUGGAACAAUGAGAGAAAUGUGAAAGCCUCCUAGCAGGUUAUGAGGUCAUGGGCAUUUUAAUUUGUUGCUUUGAACGACAUGAGACUCCUCUCAAAGUGGCUUUUUAAAUCUAACAUCCGAGAAUAUUUUGUACAGCUUGGUUCUCAUGAACUGCAAAGAGAGAUUCACUUAAUUAUGCAAGGAACAGAUUGGCUCCCUAAUCGGAAUUAAGCCAUGUUUUUCCAUUAAGAAAAGUAUUAUCUUUUAGAGGCUGUUUCUGGCAUGCAAGAUAUUGCCUUUUGCUUUCAUCAGAGGAAUGGAACUUCUGACUUUUACAUGUUAAAAACAAUGAGAAAAGUGUCAAUAUCAUUUAAAAUAGACUUGACUGUAGUGCUGUUAGACUUGACUACCAAUGAGAUAGGUGUUGUGCUGUUAGACUUGACUUUGAGCUGUUAGACUUGGCUACAAAUGAGAUUGUGUUGUGCUGUUAGACUUGAGUAGCGAUGAGAUUGUGUUGUGCUGUUAGACUUGAGUAGCGAUGAGAUUGUGUUGUGCUGUUAGACUUGAGUAGCGAUGAGAUUGUGUUGUGCUGUUAGACUUGAGUAGCGAUGAGAUUGUGUUGUGCUGUUAGACUUGGCUACAAAUGAGAUUGUGUUGUGCUGUUAGACUUGAGUAGCGAUGAGAUUGUGUUGUGCUGUUAGACUUGAGUAGCGAUGAGAUUGUGUUGUGCUGUUAGACUUGAGUAGCGAUGAGAUUGUGUUGUGCUGUUAGACUUGGCUACAAAUGAGAUUGUGUUGUGCUGUUAGACUUGAGUAGCGAUGAGAUUGUGUUGUGCUGUUAGACUUGAGUAGCGAUGAGGUUGUGUUGUGCUGUUAGACUUGACUAGCGAUGAGAUUGUGUUGUGCCAUUAGACUUGAGUAGCGAUGAGAUUGUGUUGUGCUGUUAGACUUGACUACCAAUGAGAUAGGUGUUGUGCUGUUAGACUUGGCUACAAAUGAGAUUGUGUUGUGCUGUUAGACUGGACUACCAAUGAGAUUGUGUUGUGCCGUUAGACUGGACUACCAAUGAGAUAGGUGUUGUGCUGUUAGACUUGACUUUGAGCUGUUAGACUUGGCUACAAAUGAGAUUGUGUUGUGCUGUUAGACUUGACUAGCGAUGAGAUUGUGUUGUGCCAUUAGACUUGACUAGCGAUGAGGUUGUGUUGUGCUGUUAGACUUGACUAGCGAUGAGAUUGUGUUGUGCCAUUAGACUUGAGUAGCGAUGAGAUUGUGUUGUGCUGUUAGACUUGACUAGCGAUGAGAUUGUGUUGUGCCAUUAGACUUGAGUAGCGAUGAGAUUGUGUUGUGCUGUUAGACUUGACUAGCGAUGAGAUUGUGUUGUGCCGUUAGACUUGACUAGCGAUGAGGUUGUGUUGUGCCGUUAGACUUGAUUAGUAAUGAGAUUGUGUUGUGCCGUUAGACUUGACUAGCAAUGAGAUUGGUGUUGUGCCGUUAGACUUGACUAGCAAUGAGAUUGGUGUUUUGAUGUUGAACUUGACUAGCAAUGAGAUUGGUGUUGUGCUGUUUGCCAUUCCUUUGUGUUAUAAGAAUUAUCUAUUAUUUGUACAAUUUAUGUGAGGUUCUAACUAACUGAAUAAAAGUCAUCAUUAUAGUUGCCUAAAAUGAAAA